UCAAUUGAUGUAUCGUUGGUACCUCGUUCAAGUCCAACAGGGCUGCAAGUACAAAACAAGCAUGUCCGCUCUCUGGAAUUGCUCGGCAUAACCUCAAAACGAUAAUCUAUGAUUAAUUGUUAGCAUUUUUUGAGUUGUGAGUAAAAAUGGCCAAUAGUAGGCUGGAAAGGUUAGGAACAAUCUACUCUCGAGUAUCUGGUCUUUUACGUGCACAAGCAAUGAAAGAAGAGGAUAAACCCUUAUGGUUUGAAAUCUACAAAGCAUUUCCACCUGAACGAGAGCCAAAAAUAGAUCACCCUAUUCCAGAGGUGCCUAUAAAACCAAUUUUGUAUGCUGAAGAUAUUAUUAGAGCGAAAUUUCAUAAGGGAAACAAAUUUAUAAGGAUGGUGAAUCUGAGUGAUUCAGUUCGUCCCAGCCCAACACAGCAAGUGAUAUCCAUUUUCAGUAGAUUGAAAAGUGAAAGAGCAGGGGAGAGUGAAGAUCAACUCUAUGAAGAAGCUCUUGAUAUUUUGAACUCUCAGAAUGUCAAAAUGACUGAAACUGAACCCCGUGAACAAUCUCAAUCCUCCUCAUUAGUUGAUUCGUUCACUGCAGCAAAGAAAAAAGAUUCAAAUAUUAAUAUCAAAAACAUUUUAAAAGAAUCUUAAGCAUUUCCAAAAGAUAAGUUAUUUUAGUCGCGAGAUAAAUAAGUACUAUGUAAAAAAAUGACAUUUGGUAAGCGACUGUGAAGUGAAUGAAAAUGCUUUAUGGAAUUUUGUUCCUUAAACUGACCAAUUACUUACACAUGUUGAAACCUUGUUUGGUCAUGGCUUAAUUUGCAUACUUUGUAGUGUUGUAUUAGUGGAUAAUAUCAGUAAUGUAAAUAAAGAAAUUUUCUCUGUACCAAGAA